CUACCACAAAUCAAAUUGCUUCAAUUGAGCAGUUGAAUGAUAUUUGGAAUGUUCCGGAGUAUAGCUAUGAUUCUUUUACAGAUUCUGAGAGUAAAAAUGCUUCAAUGUCACCUCAAUCUGAAUUAAGUUCGGGUGAGUUUUCUCUUAUGCAGAUGGAGCCUUUUGCAACAAAUAAUAUGUUACUUUCAAUAGAAAAUGAUAUACUUCAAGAAAUGUCUGAUGAAAGUAAUCUUGAAGACUAUAGAGAUGCAUUGGUUGAUAAUAUUUCACAACAGUCGCCACCUAAAUCUGUUAAAAGUAACCUUGAUGACUAUGAAGAAGCUUUAUUUGAUGAUGUUUUUAAUGACUUAUAUCACCCACAAACCAUCGAAUGGGCUAACAAUGCAUAUU